AACUUCCCUCAUUCAGCCUGUUCUACCGCUGUACCUCUCAACCUCUGCUGUUCUCUUCAUUCACUGUGGGGCUGUCUGAAAAGUGAAGGUAAGAGGCAAUGAACGCCGGGAUCUGUGUGUGUGUUCUCCUCGCCGCCCUUGCCAGCAGCUGCCUGGGACGGCCAUCUCACUCACCAAACCCGGACCUGGGCCGGGCAGAGCCCCCCAAACUGGACAACGCUCUGUCCACACACAUACGCCAAGCCCGCUCGGCAGUGCCCGCAGGACAGCUCACCCCCUACUCCAAACCCAAUGAGGAGGAGGACUCUCGCACCAGUCUCAGCCAGCUACUGGCCAGAUUGAUAUCGAGGAAAGGUGGGUUCCAGCCCCCAAGAAGCAUGUCCGUCAGCAGCCGAGCUAGCGGGCCCGGGCCCAGUCACAGAAUAAAGGACCGGGACUAUCUGGGCUGGAUGGAUUUCGGCCGUCGGAGUGCUGAGGAGUACGAGUACUCCUCCUAAAACGUGACCCUGAGCCCUGGUCUUUGACCCUGAAUCCUGCUACACAACACCUGCUGCGCAAACACCCCCAAAUCAUCUCAGAAAUUGUCAUGGAAGCAAGAAUUAUCAUCCCAAAAGCUAUAUUUAUUAUGUAUUUGAUGUAAAUUUGUUUGUAAACCAGAUAUAUGAAGCAAUAUAAAUGUAUGUAAACAGAUUUUUAAAGAAAAAAAAUGAGAGAGAAAAAAGUUUUUUUCAUUUGGUUUCUGUCUCUGACCAUCUACAGGGUGAAAUCUGCUUGUCUUCUAAACACAGAGACACCAGGUUGUUGUAGAAUAAAGCACUCCUGCAUCCA